UCAAAGAACAGCAUUCUGACCUCUGCCCUGGGACUUCCUGAUCCUCCUGGCUUAUAAACACAAGGGCAGAGCUCUGGAGCCAGUGAGCCCAGGAGUCCUCAGGCCAGUUCUCACUGCCCACCGGAAGGAUGGAGGUCUCCAAGUCUGCCCUCGCCUUGCUCAUCCUUGCUGCUGUCCUUGGAUCCCAGGCCUGGGUCACACAGGAUACAGAGGCAGAAGAACUCCUGGUGGCAGAUGAAUUAGAAACUUCAAUGAUUCUACACGGCUUUCAUCGCCCUUCUGACUGCUGCUACUCCUAUACCCCACGAAGCAUCCGGUGUCCAUUCAUGAAAGAUUACUUUGAAACAAGCAGUGGGUGCUCCCGGCCAGCUGUCAUCUUCCUCACCAAGAAGGGGCAACGUGUCUGUGCUGACCCCAGUAAUGACCAAGUUUGGAACUGCAUGAUAAAACUGAAGCGGGACCUGACUAUCGAGGACCCAGGAACAAUCAAAUUUGUUGGAGAGAAAGGGCACACAUCACCAGACCACCCACGUCCUGUUCUCUUGCCCCAACUACCAGAUUCUGAGCAUCUUGUGGCCUGAAUUACAACUUUAAUUACAAUUAAAAAACAACAUUUAUUCUUCUGUUCUGGUUUUAAAGCAAUGCAGCUAAUAAAGAAAUCUCAUUUACUUCA